AGUGUGAUUCUGUUUGUACAGACAAUGGAUUAGCAUGUCAUCUAGAUGAUCCACAGAUAUGUUGUGAUUUAGAAUGUUCUGGUGGUUGCUCUGGUCCAUCACCAAACGAAUGCUUAAGCUGUAAACAUGUGAAAUUAAAUGAACUUUGUUUAAGUCAUUGUCCUUCAUCAUAUUAUUUAUUAAAUAAUCUCUAUUGUAUAACUCGAGAAGAAUGCAUUAAUCGUCAAGAGAUUGUUGAAGGUGUAAAUGGUAAAUAUUUGGCAAACUAUUCAACUUUUAAUUCCACAUGUGUACCAACAUGUCCCUUGGGAUAUGUGCGUUCAGUAUCUGGUGAAUGUCAGUUUUGUCCUGAGUCAAAAUGUAUUAAACGAGAUUUGGUUUGACAAUUUCAUCUCACUAUACUAAUGAGUUAUAGCAACUUUAACCAAUAUCCAUACGUACCAGGUUUUACAUUUCAGCUGACUGAUCAGUUACCUCCAAGCAUUUAAUAUUCUCACUGACCGUCGCUAUCCAAAUCUUGGGUAUCUAAUCACUAUAUAGUACUUAUGUUUUUAUCGUUUAAUUAUUUUUUAGCCUACUUUUUAUUCUACUAUAUUCCUUCCUUGUU